AUGGAUUAUUACCACCAAAUACUGCCUGACGAGCUUCACGAAUUGUCAAAAGAAAAGAGCCCACCGAAGGUUCAAUUUUUGAAAAUUGACGGUAAGUGUCCCCCAGCAAUUGCAUCCGGGUACUUGGAAUCCAUAGACAAAGUUUCAUUGCUUGUUGACACUAUUGACGAUUACAGAGCAAAUGCACGAUUGGACAAUGUUGUGGAAUUAGAAUUGCUCUCCGCGAGCCUCUUCACAAUGAAGGAUUGUCCUCCAAGAUUGGAAUCCAUAACACUCAGAUACAAUGAGAACGAUCUUUCCCCAGUGCUUACAGGAUGGCCCAAAAGUUUGAAAAAAUUAGAUAUUAGCUUCUGCCAGGAUGUUUCUAAAAUUACACUUCCUCGUAAUCUCGAGGAGUUAAGCUGUCACUAUUGUUCAAAAGUCUGGACUGAAUAUCCCCCUACUUUGAAAUCGCUAGACUUGUCCUUGAAUUUCGGCUUAAAAUUUGAUCAGUUCAUUUUACCUGAUCUGCUAGAUAAAUUGAGAUUACGCAAUUGUCACAUCGAUAAUAUUGAUUGGUUGACAAAAAAAUGGCCAAUAGAGUUGAGGUGUUUGGAUAUUGGUAAUAAUCCACAAAUAUUUAUGAAUGAAGUAACCUUUCCAGAAUCCCUUGUGACGCUCAACAUUCUGCUUUGCAAAAUCAAGAGCCUCAAUAGUGUCAAGUUUCCAAGCCUGCUCAUAGAGCUAUGUGUGGCCGAUAACGAACUUGAAACGUUGGAGAAUGUCAACUUUCCCAAUUUGUCUGUUCUUGACAUUUCUAGGUGGGACCACUACGAAGACGUUCAAAUAAACAAAAUAUGUCAAGCGAAGUUUCCAACUUCACUACGGAGGUUAUUUGCAGAUGGGCACAAAAUCCAGGAUUGGUCCGAAGUAACUUUUCCGAAUGAGUUGGUGGAAUUGACAAUUGAUAGCACUGAAGAUCUGGAGAAAUUGGUAUUUCCCCCGAACUUAGAAUCUCUCCAGUUGAACCUCUUCAGUGACUCUAAGCCAUGCUAUUCCAAUUUACAUCUUCCUCCAACUUUGCAACUGCUCCUGUUACAUGGUGGACUUUCCAUCGACUUCGAUUGGAAUCUUCCCAAUUUGUCAUUCAUGUCCGUAGUAGAUGUUGUUGGUCCAAUUCAAAUUCCAAGCUCGGUGAAAGAGCUUGAGCUCGAAACCGUGGAUUUCACAACCUUUGAAAGUUUAAUUAUACCACAAGGAGUGGAGGAAUUGACCAUCACUUACCCUUUGUCGGCCUAUCCUGAUACUGUCAUCGAUUUGCAAAUACAAUACUGUGAUCCUAGCAAACCUUUAAUACUACCACUGCAAUUGAGAAGUCUAUGUCUCUUUGCUGGCACUCUUGGUCCAAUAUCUAAGGAGCAAAUAGUUCUUCCUCCAAGCAUCCAACAAAUUUCUGGUGAUUUUGAGUUGGAGUUCAUUGAGACUAUCAACGAUUUGGGGAUUUAA